GCCAUUACGUCUGCGUAUAAUUGUAUUGUCAUAUUCUCGACCGAAAAAUGUUGACGCGUAAAGAAGAAUUAUUUGUGAAGCCUUUUCAGCAAAGAUUAUAUCAUCAACAUAAAGUCAAACUCAAGUCGGCCACCGCGCGGGUGGAUACGACCCCACCGCAGGAGUGGCAGCACAUAGUGCUGAAGACAAAGAAAUACCAAAAGGAACGAGAGAGGUGUACGCAGAUAUUAUUGAACAAUGGUAUUUUGUGGCGACAUUUGAGUGAAAUAAUGAGCACCAGACGUGUGGACAACCGUUGGGAUUACGAACAACCAAAGUUUUUUCAUAGAGUCAAUUUAUUUACAAAAAGUAACAAUAAACUAACUGUUGAUAUUGAAGAAUCGUCAGAAUCUGGUAAAAUACAGACUGAAGUAAAAAAUGAAAGGUGCAUUGCAUGUAAUCCAAAAUUGUCAAUUAUCAAGGUGAACAUUAUUUUAUGCAGGAUCUCAAUGUAUAAGUUAAUAAUCAUAUUGUAUUAACAAUUAGACCAAUAUACCAGAGGAGAGAAUACCAUGGGAUCCACCAAAAAAGAAAUUAUCGAAAAAAUUACGAAGCCUAUCCAUCCAUAAUGAUGGGGUAAAUUACAAAUUUUCCAAACUGAAUAUAAAAAUAUUUUUAAAUGUAAAUAAUUUA